AUGGGACGCGGAAAAAAAUUAAACGAGUCUGAAAAAAAGCAAAUACUCGAACUAAAACAGCAACGGUUAUCAGUAACAAAAAUAUCGAAAGUAAUAAGACGUCGUAGAGUAAUACACAAUUUCUUAAAAAAUGUUGAAGAUUAUGGCAAAAAGAAAAGUACUGGUCGGCCGUCAUCGUUACCCGAUCGUGAUAAGCGAGCAAUUUUGCGUGCAGCUUCCAACUCGCAGUUAACAACGAAGCAAAUAAUGGAGAAAUGUAGUGUUAGUGCCAGUGUUUCAAGUGUUCGUCGAGUUCUACUAUCCUGCAAAAAUAUCAAGAGGCUAAAAUUGAAAAAGGAACUUUCUUUAACAACGAAACACAAAGUAGAACGUUUACGCUUUGCAAAAGAAUGA